ACAUUUUCAAAUGUAUCAGAAUUGAGAUUCCAAACAGAGGCGUUCAUGAAAAGCUUGAAAAAUGUUAAAGAGUUGAAGAUCACUCGUUGUGAGGAGCUUACAUGUUGCUUUCAAAACGAGGAUAGAUUACUGCAACACUUGAUUUCUCUUGGUCGUCUGUAUAUCGAAGACAACUCGAUCCUUGUUGAAAAGCUAGGGAUUGAAGUAGAACAGUUGGUGCAAUUGCAAAUCCUGGAUUGCAAUAUUGAAUGUCUGGAAUUAAGCAAGUGUGGAAGCCUUGUGAAGGUACCAGAAAGAUUGCAUCACCUUAGAUCACUUCAAGAGCUGCACAUAAGUAAAUGUUCAAGUCUUGUUUCUUUUCCGGAUGUUGGUCUGCCACCUUGUCUCCAAGUCAUAGAGAUUAAGGGCUGCGAUUCUCUUUCGCACUUUGCAAAAUACCAGAUUCCUCCCAGCCUAAAAAGAAUAGAGAUUGAGAAUUGUGAGAAUUUAAAGUCAUUAAUAGAGAAAGAGGAGGAGGAGGUGGGUAACGGUUCUUCUUCUUCUUGUCUUGAGCGUUUGACGAUAAAUGAAUGUCCCUCUUUGAUGUGCUUAUUAUGCAAAAAUCAAUUACCCAGGUCUCUUAAACAGCUUGAGAUAGUGUUUUGUGGACAGCUGGAGCUAAUAACUGAGAGGUUCCUCGAUGACAGCUGCCAACUCGAGUUAAUUUACAUCUGGGACUGCCCAAACCUGAAAUCCUUACCCGAGGGAGUGUGCCACCUCACCAAUCUUCAGUCAUUAAUUGUUUAUGAUUGUCAAAGUCUUGUUUCGUUGCCGAGAAUGAAUGUGUGGCCAAGAAUGAUACAGAUCCUAAAUUGCGAUAAAUUGGAGGUGGCACAGUUGGCGAGAGACAUGAUGCACACCAGUAAUCUUGAAGUUGUGAGUAUUGAUUACUUUGAAGAUUUGACAACUACAACUUCCUUCCCCACCAACCUAACAUCGCUGUCAAUUCUCAAGAUCAAGAACUGUAAGGCGCUGAUGGAAUCUCAAGGGUUGCAGAGACUCGCCUCUUUGAAACGUUUGCUUCUAUGGGGUGAAGAUGAUGGAGGUCUGGUGUCAUUUCCACCUGCUGCUGAGAAUUCAAAGGAGACGGAGAUACUGCUCCCCAGAUCUCUUGUUAAUUUGAGAAUUGAAGGCUUCCCAAAUCUAAAGAAACUGAGCAAGGGCUUUCAAUUCCUCACCUCUCUUGAACUUCUUUCCAUCCUCAGCUGUCCGAAGCUUACAACCCUUCCAGUGGAGGAAGGCCUGCCUCUUUCACAACUUCGUAUUCACAACUGUCCUCUACUUGAACAGAGAUACAAAGGACGAUACCGGCACAAGAUAGCACACAUCCCUUGCGUACGAAUUAAUGGCGAACUCAUAUAAGAGAAAACCGACACUCCUCGAUGGAGUCGUUUCCAGGUCUCCAUAUAAUAUGACAUUUGGAGUCUCAACUCGAUCCCUUCCGGGAAGUUUGUGAUAGAAACAAUAUCAGCUCUGUCGAGGCAUUUUGUCACAGCCAGGACCCAGGAUAUAUGGUUCUGAGGCUGCCCUGGGAAUAGCUUUAACAGAGGCUAUUCAAGAUGGGACGGUGGAAAGAGAAAACAUUUUUGUUACCUCUAUGUUAUGGGGUAGUCAUCAUCAUUACCCUGUUGUUUCAGAGCUCUAAAGCAGAUAAAUAUGUUGGUUGAUAACUUGAUGUGGACUUCAAUGGUAGCUUUUUGGCUGGUGCGAAUCUGAUAAUAUUAAUGAUUACCAAGGUUGGGGGACUGAUUUAAUUUGUAUUGGUGAUUGAGUUGCGGAGGACUGGAGGCCACUGUAAAGAAGAAGCAGCUUAAUGUUAUAAGCGUUCAUCUGAUGAGUUCAUAGUCUUCGGUUGGAGUACUAGCUGGAGUUGCAUCAGAGAUUCAGAAGGAAAAGAAGGGGGUGUGACGUGUAUGUAUGGUGAGCUUUUUGUUACAAACUCAGGGACUCACCUCUUUGAAUUGAACAAGAGAUCUGGGGAGAAGCAUGAGUGAACACUGUGAACCCAAAGUCUCAUCUAUCUUUGCACAUUGCAUUUCCCACUACCAGGACCACCUGAGAAUGAGAUCACCAUAAUGUAACAACCUCUUCAAGGCAACAUAACUGAUCAUUCAUAAGAAUGACAUACGUCUUUGCUAUCAUUUCGAGUAUAACUUGGUCUGAUUCGUCGAACGCUUCUCUUUUGGUUCAGACGUUUUACUUUACCACGGUGAAUGAUCCUUCCUAGUAAAGUUUAUUCAUCUUCAAGACUUCAACGUAUGUAUGAGAAACUUCUUGUUUGUUUACAUGUGUUAGCUAGAUUGAUCAUGCAAACAAUCUCACAGCUCUCAUUUAGGUACAAGUGUAUAUGUAAAACUGUGCUUCGAGUA